CCCCUUCCCCGCCUUCCCUACGCCGGCUACCGACCGCACCUACAGCACACAGAUCAUUAAGCGAGCGAGUGGCUACUGAACACUAGUGCUUAGCUUGGUGGCCAUGGCAAUGGCGCAGCAUGCGAGCUUGUCCUGCUCUACUACUUGGCGGGAGCUCACGAGCACGAGCUGGAGGGACAAUGACUACAGGAGGAUGGUGAUGGCGUGCCUGAUCGAGGCGGUUUACCUGCUGGAGCUGGAGCGGCAGGAGCGCCGGGACGCGGCGGCGGUGGCGCAGCAGUGGUGGAAGCCGUUCCAGUACCGCCUGGCGCACGAGCUCGUGGACGACCGCGACGGCUCCGUGUUCGGCGCCAUCUUCGAGCGGGACCACCACCUGCUCGAUGGCGACAGGCCGAGCGGCGCCCCGAGCGCGGUGAUCGCGUUCCGGGGCACGCUGCUGCGCGCGCCGACCAUCCGCCGCGAUGUCGAGGACGAACUCCGCCUGGUGGCCUGGAACAGCCUCCGCGGCUCGGCGCGGCUGGCCCGCGCGAUGCAGGCGCUCAGGGCGACCAUCGACCAGUUCGGGUCCGAGAACGUGUGCGUCUGCGGCCACUCCCUGGGCGCCGGCUUCGCGCGGCAGGUCGGCAGGAUGCUCAUGGCGUCGCCGCGGAGGCAGCCGCAGCAGCAGGCGGCGCUGGAGUUCCACCUCUUCAAUGCGCCCUACCUGUCGCUGCCCAUGGGCGUGAGCAGCGUGGUGAAGACGGCGGGCUGCCUGCUCAAGGCGCUCCGCUCCGGCGUCGGCAGGUGGCACGGCAAGGCGCUCCGGAACGUGGCUUACGCCAACUGCAUACUCGGGUACACCAGGCUCGAGAGCUGCAGGAGGUUGUGAGAAUCCGAUGCGAUGAUCGAUAACGUGAGGCGUUGAACAGAACUGUACUUAUGCGAGUCGUAUAUGUAUGGACACCUUGUAGAAUUCAUCCGUAGAAUGUAGGAAACAAAUAAGCAUCUGACCGGAGGAUGCACGGCUUCGCCUGCAUGCUUACUUUGUACUCUAAAUUGUGAAUUAAAGAAGCUAUC